AUGGAGAUUACCACAGCUCGCAUUACCGAUGGAAUCUGUCCCAUCUUCUCCCCACCUUCGAGAAGAGCUUACAAUCUCGAUUUUUCAUACUGUAAGUCGACCAAACAAUUGACCUCCGUCGCGUAUGAUCGGCUUACGGAUCCAAAAUUCGGAGCUAGCACCAGAAGUCUCCGUCACGGAUGGAAAGUGACGGCGACUGUGAAUCCGUAUUCGCAUGCAGAGGCGGCACAGCCAGAGGAGCGGAAGAGUUUGACUGAUUUUCUGGUGGAAGCUGAAGAUUUCAUGAGAUCAGACGGCAGAGAUGGAGGUCCGCCUCGGUGGUUCUCUCCGUUGGAAUGUGGCAAGCGAGCUCCGGGAUCUCCUCUUCUCCUCUACAUACCUGGGAUCGAUGGUACUGGAUUAGGGCUCAUUCGCCAGCAUAAGAGACUUGGAGAGAUGUUUGACAUAUGGUGCCUUCACUUUCCAGUCACUGAUCGAACCCCUGCUCCAGACAUUGUGAAUCUCAUUGAGAGGACAGUACGGUCAGAGUACCACCGUUUCCCUAAUAGACCCAUAUAUAUAGUUGGAGAAUCGGUUGGAGCCUGUCUUGCUCUUGAUGUUGCAGCGGGUAACCCCGACAUCGAUCUUGUCUUGAUUCUUGCUAAUCCAGUCACACGUUUCAAUAACUUCAUAUUGCAACCUCUAUCGGGUCUACUUGAAAUAUUGCCUGACAAAGUUCCCAGCUUGAUAGAAGAGAGUUUUGGGUUAAAACAAGGUUAUCCGUUUGGGGCAAUGUUGGAGAGUAUGCUGAAUGAAACUAAUGUCACACAGAUGAGUGGAGGGCUCUUAGGAGACUUCUUUGCAACUUCAGCAAGCUUGCCUACUCUGUUUAGGAUCCUUCCCAGGGACACACUUUUAUGGAAGCUUCAACUACUUAAGUCUGCUACAGCGUCUGCUAACUCUCACAUGUACACAGUCAAAGCCCAAACACUGAUACUUCUGAGUGGGCGUGAUCAAUGGUUACUGAACAAAGAAUACAUUGAAAAACUCCCUAGUGCACUGCCGAAAAGCGAAGUCCGUAGUUUUGAGAAUAAUGGACAUUUCCUCUUCUUGGAGGAUGGGGUAGAUUUGGCGACAAUCAUAAAGUUUGCCUACUUUUAUCGCCGUGGAAAGAAACUUGAUUGCAUUUCGGAUUACAUUCUGCCUACUCCAUUCGAGCUCAAAGAGUUUGAAGAAUCACAAAGAUUGCUAACCGCUGCUACUUCUCCGGUAUUUCUCUCAACUCUAGACAACGGUAGAGUAGUAAGAUCACUUGCAGGGAUACCUUCAGAGGGACCUGUUCUGUACGUUGGCAAUCACAUGUUGUUUGGUAUCGAACUGCGUCCACUAGUAGUUCAAUUCUUGAAAGAAAGGAACAUUCCGUUGCGUGGACUGGCACAUCCAUUGAUCUUUACCAAGAAAAGAGGCUCAAAGCUCCCUGAUAUGCAGAUGUUGGACUCUUUUAGGACGAUAGGCGCAGUUCCUGUCUCGAAUAUGAAUUUCUACAAUCUGCUUCGUUCAAAGGCUCAUGUGCUUUUGUAUCCAGGAGGUGCUCGUGAAGCCUUGCACAGAAAGGGUGAAGAAUACAAGUUGUUUUGGCCAGAACAUUCAGAGUUUGUAAGGUUUGCCUCUAAAUUCGGAGCAAAGAUCGUUCCUUUUGGCGUUGUUGGAGAAGAUAAUCUCUGUCAAAUGGUUUUGGAUUACAAUGAUCAAAUGAAGAUCCCUUUUCUCAAGAACCUCAUAGAAGAGAUAACACAGGACACAGUUAAGCUGAGGAACGGUGAAGAAGGCGAAGUAGGAAACCAAGAUUUGCAUGUGCCUGGAAUAAUACCAAAGAUUCCGGGACGGUUCUACAUAUAUUUUGGGAAACCAAUAGAAACCAAAGGUAGAGAGAAAGAGCUAAACGAUAAAGAGAGAGCUCAUGAGGUUUACUUGCAGGUCAAGUCAGAAGUAGAAAGAUGUAUAGCUUACCUGAAGGUGAAGAGAGAAAGUGAUCCUUACAGAAACAUAUUCCCGAGGCUUCUCUAUUACCUCUCACUUGGUUUCACUUCCGAGAUCCCAACCUUUGAUCUCCGAAUCCAUUAA